GUCUGUUUUGAGUAUUUUCAUUGUUUUUAUUGUGAGCUUGAGGCUAAUUCUAGUUCUGAAGCUACUUUUUUUUUGUUCAUUCGGCAGCGUUAAUUAACUUUAUUAAGCAAAAUUAUCGCCGUACAUUAUCUAAGCUUAAACUCCUGUGGAUUUACUACAGAUGCAGCAGUGACGGCGGUCAAUUCUACGACGCAAAACCAAAAAAUCGACUGACAAAGCGACUAUCGAGCUAUCGAUAGCCGGCGAUCAUACCUGGAAGGCAGGUGGCGCCGACGACAUAAACAGCGAGAAAGACGAGGACGAAACCCCUAAGCAAACCAAGGCGUUGGUCGGGUGCGAGUGGUUGUUGUUUGUAAGAGCUACAACAACUGGGUGCAACUACAGUUGGUAAAAGAUGUCUGUGAGACUGUUAACCGUGCGACUAGUCAAACAUGGUCGCUACGUUUUACGCAGCUAUUGGAAACGUGAAAUACACUCCAACAUUUUGGAACAAAGCCAUUUGAAAACGCGAAGCAAGAGAGGCUCUCCCCUAACCUCGGUCAAUGUACUGCGGAAUUCAGCCGUACCACCGUCGCCGCCUGUGGCAAAUGUGUUGCCGCGUUGCAGUCCACCAAACGCAACCAAUAGUGGGCUCUUUCGCUUUGGCCAGCAUGCGCGCAAGCUUUUUAUUGACAACAUAUUGAGUCGCGUGACCACCAAUUACUCGGAGGAACUGCGAAAGCGUGCGACACGAAAGCUAUUUUAUGGGGAUUCGGCACCAUUUUUUGCACUGAUCGGCGUCAGUUUGGCAACCGGCUCAGGUGUGCUCAGCAAGGAAGAUGAACUAGAAGGAGUCUGCUGGGAAAUACGUGAGGCAGCCAGUCGGCUACAAACAGCUUGGAAUCACGACGAUGUUUCCGAUACGCUAAACAGCGACUUUAAUAUUGAUCACUUGGAUGUGGGACCGCCCAUAGCCAAAGGCUGUGCAGCCGUUGUCUAUGCAGCCAAUUUUAAACAACAUGGUGAGACGAAAACGCCAAGUGAGAGUCCCAGAGCUGCUGCUGCGGUUGGUGGCAAUCACUUAUCUACUAGCUCCACCAGCUGGAGACCGGAAAUGAUGUCGCCCUUGCAGAAUAUGUCUAGAUUUGUGCAUAAUUUCGGUGGCUCUAUGGAUAAUAUAUAUCACUAUAGUCAGCCCACGGCAGCGAGCAAUUUUGUGGAAGCGGAGGCAGCUGCGGAGAAGCCACAGGCACAUCAGACCGAAGAGCAGGAGCAAGUACAUCCGCGUGCUAGCAGCAGCUCAUUGGAGCGUUAUCCAUUCGCCUUGAAAAUGAUGUUCAACUAUGAUAUACAAAGCAACGCGAUGUCCAUCUUGCGCGCCAUGUACAAGGAGACAGUGCCGGCCCGUCAGCGACGCAUGAACGCUAGUGCCGAGGAGUGGGAACGUUUAUUGGGUAAUCAAACGUUAGCGCUGCCGCCGCAUCCGAAUGUUGUGUGCAUGUUUGGUUUCUUUUGCGACCAGGUGCGCAACUUUACCGAUGGCCAUCUGUUGUAUCCCAUAGCACAACCGCAGCGCAUUAAUCCGCAUGGAUACGGCCGCAAUAUGUCGCUUUAUUUGCUAAUGAAGCGUUAUGAUCAUAGCCUGCGUGGGUUGCUGGAUGCCAGCGAGCUGAGCACGCGCACUAAGAUUCUGCUGCUGGCGCAAAUGUUGGAGGCAGUAACUCAUCUAAGUCGCCAUGGUGUUGCGCAUCGCGAUCUCAAGUCGGAUAAUGUGCUUAUUGAGCUGCAAUCGGAUAGCGAAGAGUCUCCCUUGCUGGUGCUCUCCGACUUCGGCUGCUGUCUGGCGGAUAAAGUUCAUGGACUGCGCAUACCGUAUGCCUCCAGUGACAUUGAUAAGGGCGGCAAUGCAGCGCUAAUGGCUCCCGAGAUAUUCAAUACACAACCUAGUCCCUUUGCUGUGCUCAAUUACAGCAAGGCGGAUCUAUGGGCAUGUGGUGCACUUGCCUAUGAAAUCUUUGGUCAGCCGAAUCCUUUCUACUCGGCCAGCGGUGGGUUGGCACACGCCCGUGGUGAACUCAGCUAUUCGCUCCGCAAUAGUGACUAUCGCCAGGAGCAGCUGCCGCCGCUUAGCGAUGCUUGUCCGCCGCUGCUGCAGCAGCUGGUCUAUAAUAUAUUGAAUCCCAAUCCGUCGAAGCGCAUCAGUCCAGACAUAGCGGCCAAUGUAAUGCAGCUUUUCCUAUGGGCACCAUCCAACUGGCUGAAGGCGGGCGGCAUGCCCAACAGUCCCGAGAUUUUGCAGUGGCUACUAACAAUGACUACAAAAAUCAUGUGCGAGGGACGUCCACAAUACGGGGCUGUUGGCGAAAACAGUUAUCAGCAGUCGGGACGACGUGCCUAUGUGGAGUACUUGCUCAUAUGCAGCUUCUUGGCGCGCGCACGCUUGCGACGCAUACGCGGUGCUCUCAGCUGGAUACAAAAUGUGGUGUCAGCGUAGAUGUAGAGAUGUUAGCAUAAUAGAGUGUUGAUGGAGUGGCAAGCAGCAAAUGGCAAAAGGCGUGUGAUACCUAAAUAUAUUCUAUAUAUAUACAUAUACAAACAUAAUAUUUAAAACAAAAUAUAUACAUGCAUAUAUAUUUUUUAAAAUAUGUAUUUAUAACAAUUCAAAAUUGGCCGCAAACAAAUAAGUAAAUUUAUAUUUUUAUAAGCCUUGCGCUCUUCAUGCACGUUUUCUUUUGUCCUGUCGUACUGAAAGCUUAUAGGAAACUUGCUUACAUUUUUUCUUAUUAUUUACUUAUUAAUUAUUUUAGGUUCUUCAUGUAGUUUAUGUUGAAUAAAAUUUGUAAUCAAGCUAGCAUAUCUGAAUAAAUGUGACCAAAAUUCAAGAGCAGUCCCAUAA